UUCCAAGGUUGAGUUAAUGGGAGCGGGCUUUGAGAAGUUAGAUCCACGUUUGGUUGUUUAAGUGGACGCGAAUAUUGUACUUUCUGUUAGAAAUGCUGGGUUACAAUAACUCUUCAGAUUUUCAGAAGAUUGGCUUAGGCCUCCUUGCUUUUGGAGUGGCUUUCCUUUGUCUCGGUGUACUCUUCUUCUUUGAUGCUGCUCUCUUAGCUCUAGGUAAUGUUCUUUUCUUGGGCGGGAUAGGAUGUCUUAUUGGAUUACAGAAAGCUUGCUCUUUUUUCUUCCGCCGCACGAGUGUAAAAGGAGCGGUUUUCUUUUUUGGUGGAAUAACUGUUGUCAUGUUUGGCUUUCCGUUCAUAGGAAUGUUAUUGGAAAUCUAUGGCAUGACGAAUUUAUUCAGUAAAUUUAUCCCAGUAGCAAUCAAAUUCCUGUAUGGUGUUCCUGUAAUCGGUUGGAUUUUAUGGCUUCCCGGGAUUAAUGGAUUUGUACGAAGACUUAGUCAGUCAAAUUCCAUGGUAUAAUUUAUAACUUGAUGAAUUCCUUUAUUUUGAAACGGUUUACUACUUGUUUUAAUGGAACAAGAGAAAAAGAAAAAAAGAAUAUGUCCAAAAAAAAAACAGGUUUUGAUCGUCCUUGUACAUGUUAUGAUUUUCCAACUAAUGUGUAAACACUCUCCACUGUUUUAUAUAUAUACAUAUAUAUAUCUACAUACAAAAUGUGCCUUUAAGUAAUUUAUCCCUAUCUGGCAUUCCAGAUUGUUCAUUUAUGUUCAUACUUGUAUAAUCUUAACUCUCGUGUGUGUGUGCAAUAAUUGAAAUUUUUUCUCUUCA